AGCUUGCCUCAACUAAAAAACUCGUUCUCGUUGCCUGAGAUGACAAGUGAAAAAGCCUCCUUUUAAAAAUGGCCUACAGCGGGGCGGUUUGUUAUUGUAUGAUAUAAAACAGGUAAAGGUCACGGAGAAACCAGAUUUUCCGGUUCCAGAUGCAACGCAUCACUAAACUCUCUCUACACAUCGCUUUACUGAAGCAGAAGACUCGCUUGUACGGUGUGAACAACUAGGAAGACUGUAAUGGCAAGCCUUGAGGACCUGUAUGACAUCUCUGAUAAGUGUGUUGCUUCACACUCCCAGGAGCUGUACGAGUUGAGCCAUCGAAUAUGGAAUAAACCGGAGCUCGGCUACAAAGAAUUUUUCGCACAUCAACAACUCACGGAUUUUCUUGAGUCCAAAGGUUUUCAAGUAACUCGGCAAUAUGGCGGUCUCGAGACGGCAUUUCGGGCAGAGUUCGGCUCGGGCUCGGGCCCUACUGUUGCUUUUCUAUGCGAGUACGAUGCUUUACCCGAAGUCGAUCAUGGCUGUGGGCACAAUUUGAUCGCCGAAGCAGGAGUAGCUUCCGGUCUGGCAAUCAAAGAGGUCGUGUCACGAACCGGAAAUGGUAAAGUUGUUGUCAUGGGGACCCCAGCAGAAGAGGGGGAAGGGGGAAAGAUUGACUUGAUUAAUGCUGGAUGUUUUACCGGGAUAGAUCUGUGCCUAAUGGCUCACCCAGCUCCGUUCAACGUAGCGUAUUAUCGGUCUCAGAGUCUGGCCAAAGUAACGGCUACCUUUCAUGGGCUUGCGACACACGCGGCCGCAUCACCCUGGUGCGGAAUCAACGCUCUAGACGCCGCUGUCACAGCUUACAAUGGCAUUAGCAUGCUACGUCAGCAACUGAAACCAACCUGGCGUGUUCAUGGGAUCUUCACAGACGCCGGUACGAAGCCGAGUGUUAUCCCUCAACGCGCAGAGUUAGCUCUAUUUGUGCGCACGACGACGAACCCAGACUUCAAUAUCCUCAAGCAAAAAAUCCAGAAUAUUCUGGAGUCUGCUGAAAUGUCAACUGGGGUCACUGCGGAGAUCAAAUGGCUUUCUAACGCUUUCGCGUCCAUGGAAACUAACCCCACCCUAGCGGGGGUCUACCAGAAGCAGGCGGAAGGGCUUGGAGAGGAGUUUAUGUCACGUGAGGAGCAGGAAGCGAUCGUGGAUGGUUCUACUGACAUGGGGAAUGUAACCCUGGAAGUCCCAGGAAUCCACCCACUCUACUGUAUUGACCCAAAGGUGGCGUAUCACACGCACGAAUUCCGAAAAGCGGCUGGGACUCGAAGUGCGCAUGACAAGACGUUGAUUACCGCUAGGGCGCUUGCGCGGACCGCAAUUGAGGUCAUGCAUGACGCUGAGCUGUUAAAUCAGGCUAGAGAGGAGUUUAGAAUGAUGAAAAGCGCGCUUGUUUAGUUUUAGGGCUGUUCGCACACUUACAGGUCCAUCGUUUUGUCAACUCCGGUCCGUGUUUGUGUUUUUUUUUUAAAUAAGAGACGUACGAACAGCGUAUCUCGGUUUGUCAUACAAGCCAAAGAAAAUGUGAGCGUUGCAUCUUCUAAUAUAGUGUACGUGGAAACAACACAAAAUGGCAUCUUCCAGCGAUGUUUUAUUCCAAACAACUUGUUUGAGCCGUUUUCAAACACCUGAACAACUGACAUCGGCUCAACAUUUUGCCUUGCCUGCUAGCUAACUCGGUGCCCUGUUGGGAGCGCUCUACUACCAGUGCACUUUUCGAGUUCGAAAAUUAACAUGAUAGUGAUUUUGGAUAAAAUCAAUAAAAUUUGGAUAAACAAUGA